AUUUUUCCAUAAACAGUUAAAAUUUAUAUAAAAAUAUUAAAAAAAUAUGGAAAUACUCAAGUGGAUUCAAUGACCUUAUUUAAUAAUAUUAUUUUAUAUUUAUUUAAUUUUUUUAUUACAAGUGGUUCGAAGGAAUAGAAAGGUCUUUGCGUUGCCUAAAACAAAAACAAUAAAAAUAAAUAUAAUAAUAGUUUUAUUCUAAAUAUCAAGGUCGUGAUAAAAUUAAAAAAAAAAUUGGUGAUUUAAAUGCUUUAUAAUUCGUGUUGUUUAAAAACAAAAAAUUUUAUUAAUGCAACAGUUGGAAUAACAAAAAAAAAUUAUUAUAAAAGCCAAAGAUUGGACAAGUGAAAGUUGAUUUUUCAUACUUCAUGUGUUAUCUAGUUUUUUUUUUAUUUAAUUCAUAUGAAUCUAUUUAUAAAAUCAAAUAUCAAAGGUUAAUUUAAUCCAGCUUAUCAGUGUUAUAAAGACUAUAUAAAUCAUUAAAAAAAAAAAUUAAAUAAUUAAUAAAUUGUGUUAUUUAAAUUUGUGAUAUUUUAAUGUGAAAAAAAAAAAUUAAAAUAAAUGCAAGAAUUGAUAAAAUGAUUUUUUUUACCCUUGGGAUUUUAAUGCCCCUUUUUGGGGUCCUGCCAGUUUCAACUCAAGAAAUUAAAUGUGGCCAUCCAGCAGUGCCAAUGAACUCAAAAGUUUCAUUGUCUGAUAAUUCAUUGUCAUCUGGUACACAAGCAAGCUAUACAUGUGAUGCUGGUUAUGAACUCUUUGGACAAUCUUCAUUGACUUGUAACAGCCGAGGUAAAUGGCAAGGUGAACUUCCAUUCUGUGGUACAAAUGUGGCAUUUCGAAAGCCAGCAAAUCAAUCAACAACAGUUAGAGGUGGUGAUGCUGGUCAUGGUAAUGAUGGUGAUGUUAGUACAGAGCAUGAUGGUAAAAGAUGUACAGAAACACAAAGUGAACCAAGUCCAUGGUGGAGAGUUGAUUUAUUAAAAUCAUAUUCAGUUAAAGUUGUUAGAGUUACAACAAGAGGUUGUUGUGGUCAUCAGCCACUUCAAGAUAUUGAAAUAAGAGUUGGUAAUAGUAGUGCUGAGUUACAAAGAAAUCCAUUAUGUGCCUGGUUUCCCGGAACAAUUGAAGAAGGAAUAACUAAAACAUUUGCAUGUGCAAGAGCACUAGUUGGUCAAUAUGUUUUUCUUCAACUUGUUGGAGUUGAAGGAAGCUUGAGUCUUUGUGAAGUUGAAAUUUUUGCAACUGACGAAUUUUCAAUCGACAGAUGUGCACAUGCUGGUACAUCAGCUGAUGCUGAUAUUGCACCAUUUAAUUCAACGUGUUAUGAAUUUGUUGUUAAAAAAGGUGGAUCAUAUCAAGAUGCUAGAAAUUAUUGUAAAUCACGUGGUGGUGAUUUAGCACAUGGUUUUAAAGGAAUAUCAUCGACAUUUAUAUUAAAUAAUUUAGAAAGAAGAAAGGAUAAAUUAAAAACUCAAUUAGUAUGGGUUGGUGCACAAAAAGAACCAUCAAUAACAGCAAGAACAUGGAGAUGGGUUGAUGGUGAAGUUGUGUUGAAACCAUCAUGGGGAAAAGAUCAGCCAAAUAAUUACAAUGGUGAACAAAAUUGUGUUGUACUGGAUGGUGGAAGAAGCUGGUUGUGGAAUGAUGUUGGUUGUAAUUUGGAUUAUUUACCAUGGAUAUGUCAAAGCACUCCAUCAAUAUGUGGAAGUCCUGAUAAAUUAGAAAACACAACAAUUGUUGGUAAUAAAAGAACACUUGGUUCAACAAUUGAUUACACUUGUCCAGAUGGUUACAUGCUUGUUGGUUUAAAAUCACGUGUAUGUGAAGAAAAUGGUUUUUGGAGUGGUAAACCACCAACAUGUAAAUAUGUUGAUUGUGGUUAUUUAAAAGAAUUUGAUAAUGGAAUAAUUAGUCUUACUGAUAAACGUACAACAUAUGGUGCUGUUGCUGAAUAUUCAUGUAAAAAUAAUUACACAUUAAUUGGUGAUGCACAAAGAAGAUGUGGUGAUGGUGGUAUUUGGAGUGGACAUCAACCACAAUGUCUUUUUGACUGGUGUCCAGAUCCUCCAGAGAUUAUUGGUGGUGUUAUUUCAAUUGAUGGAAAACGUGCUGGAUCAACAGCAACUUAUACUUGUCAAAGUGGUUUUAUUCUCUUUGGUGAUAAUAUAUUAACAUGUGAAAUUGGUGGUGACUGGUCAGGCAAAGCACCACAAUGUAAAUUUAUUGAUUGUGGCUCACCAGCACAAAUUGAAAAUGGAAAUGUUGAAUUAAUAAAUGGAAGUACAACAAUUGGUAGUAUUAUUAAAUACACAUGUCGUGAUGAUUAUUGGCUUGUUGGUGAAUCGAAACAUGAAUGUACAAGAGAAGGAAAGUGGAGUUCUCCAACACCAUCAUGUGAAUUGAUUACAUGUGAGGAACCAGAAGUACCAGCUGGAAGUUACGUUGUUGGAUAUGAUUUAGAUAUUCACAGUUCAAUUGAAUAUCAUUGUGACGUGGGUUAUUUAUUGCAUGGUGAAGCAAAACAUACAUGUGAAAAAAGUGGCGAUUGGUCUGGUGAAGUACCUACAUGUGAAUAUAUUAAUUGUGGAAAGGUAUUGCCAAUUUUAAAUGGUGCAAUUGAGUAUGUUAAUGGUACAACACAUCUAGGAAGUGAAAUAACAUAUAGCUGUACUAAAAAUUAUCGUUUAAAUGGUAUAACAAGAAGAUAUUGUCUCGACAAUCGUCAAUGGAGUGAUGCAACACCAAAAUGUGAAGAAAUACGUUGUACUGAGCCAAUACUUGCUGAACAUGGUAUUUUAUCAGUUACUGGAAAUGAUAGAAUGUAUGGAAGAACAAUAAUUAGAACUGGUACUGCUGAAAAUUCAAAUACUGGUGCAACAUCAUAUAAAAUUGGUGCACUUGUUAAGUACAGAUGUGAAAGAGGAUACAAAGUUAUUGGUGAACCAUUAUCAACAUGUGAAGAUAAUGGAAAAUGGAGUGGUGAAGUACCACAAUGUAUUUUUGUUGAUUGUGGUAAACCAAAUGAAACUGAACAUGGUCAUUUUACAUUGACAUCAAAUGCAACAUAUUAUGGUGCAGCAGCAAUUUAUGAAUGUGAUGGUAAUUAUGAAAUUGAUGGUUUUGCAAGACGUUUAUGUCUUGAAAAUGGUACAUGGAGUAGUGAUAUACCAAUAUGUCGUGAAAUAAGAUGUAAAGAUCCAGAUAAAAUAACACCAUUAACAAUACAAGUAUCAACACAUAGUGUUGGUGGUAUUGCACAUUAUAAUUGUCCACGUGGUUAUUACAUGGAAGGUAAUGAAACAAGAGUAUGUAUGCAAAAUGGUUCCUGGAGUGGAUCUAUGCCAUUUUGUUAUGCACUUGAUUGUAAACAACCGGAAUCAAUAGACAAUGGAAGAGUUAUCGUUGUGAAUGGAUCAACACUCUUUGGUGGAGCUGCUGAGUAUCAUUGUUUACCACAAUUUGAAAGAGUCGGACCAUUUUUAAGAAAAUGUUUAGACACUGGUUCAUGGAGUGGUGAUGAACCAAGAUGUGAAUUAAUUUCUAAUGAAGUAGCAGAAGCACAAGGAGUUGGAACAAGUGUUGGAAUUGGAGCUGGAAUAAUAAUAUUAAUUUUAAUAAUUCUUGGACUUGUUUAUCUUAGAUUGAGAAAAGCAACACCAGUUAAAAAUACAGAAAAUGUACAAGCUGCAGAGAGAAAGGAAGAUCAAAAUGCAGCAGUUAUGUCUUAUGCAACACUUAAUGAUGGCACCACAAAUACAAAUAGAAUGUAUGAAAAUGUUCCAGAAGAUGGACUCUAUGAUAGUCCAUACAGUGGAACCAACAGCACUUAUGGAUAUGGAACUGGAAGGAAAACAUACAAUCGAUCAGGACACUAUGAAGUUGAACCACCACCAAGAAAUGGCAUCACCAUUAACGGUGUCUCUGUUCGAUAAAUUAAAUUAAUUUAAUCAACAAAAAGAAGAAACAAUAUAUAAAUAAUAUAUACAUUUUUUUCAAUCAAUAAAUUUUCAUUAUUUGUACAUAUUACAUUUGAUAAGAUGCAGAUAAAUAAUUAUAAUAAUAAUUUAAGCAGAAAAUUUAUAAUUUAAUAUUUAUUUUCUGCUAAUUAAUUUUGACAUUUUAUUGUCAAAAUUUGUAUGAUUUUUGUAUAUACAAAAAAAAAAAAAAAAACUCCAGAAAUUAAUUUAUCUGGAUUCAUUGUUUUUUUUUUUUUUCCUCCUUUGUUUUAUAUAGUUGAUAAUAUUAAUAGAAAUUUAUAAAUUUAUUUAGGUUUUUUUUUGUUUUAUUUAGUUUUAGUCUAUUUAAUUAAGAAAUAAAAUUGAUGUUUAUCU